CAGGAUUCAGCUUCAGUCGUGUUUCAGCAGUCGUGGAGAGAUGACGUCUUUCGAUUAUCUAGAUCGAAAAUUAUUCUCGUGCUUUUAACUUCUCGAUGUUUUUUAAGACUUUUUAUUAUUAAUUUAGUUGAAUUUAAUCGGUUUCUUGGUGACCUAGUUCCAGUGUCAGUGAAAGAGUGCUGUAAAUAAUUAUAAAAUGUAAAAUAAUUUGAAAGUUCUUCAAUGCCUGUGCUGCACGCGAAGGAUGCGAUGUGGUCGCGCAAGCAGUCGGUGAGCAGCGCGGUGAGCGGCGCCUCCCGCGGCGAAGACCCGGGUUCGGAUCCCAAGCUGUACCCCUUCGCCGUGGCGCUAAGGGUCAGGGUGCUGCAGAUAGUGUGCGGCAUUGGUGGGCUGGUGGUGGGCGCGGUGGGCUGGCUGGAGGAGCGUGAGCGGCCGGCGCUGGGCCUCGGCGUGCCCACCGGCGUCGUCACCAUCCUCGCUGCAGCCACAUCAGUCUACUACAGCCGCGGCUUCGGCGGCUGGGUGUCCGCCCGGGCCAAGAGCAGCGGGGCGUGGGGCGCCCCCUGGCGCGCGCUGGGCCCGUCCCCGUGCGCCGCGGUGCCGCUGACCGCGUUGUGGGCGGCUGCUGCGGCUGCGCAUGUCGCCAUGAUCACGUUUUGUGUACGAUCGUUGUUGAAUAUUGGGUAA